AUGGUGGAAAAUAUUGCUGAAGAGCUUAAAUGUGAGGGCUGCAAUGAAAAAGUUUCUAUGGAGAAACAACUUAUGUUGAAUCAGACACCUUCUAUUGCUGCAUUCCAUUUAAAGAGGUUCAAGACAGAUGGGUUUUUUGUUGAAAAGAUUAACAAGCAUAUCGACAUCUGGUGUCAUGAAUGA